AUGGGUGGCGGCGGCGGAAAGCCUCUCAACAUCUUCAGGCUCGGCCGAUCCCUUGAGGAUGAGCCAAAGGAAGUCCUCAACUGGCGACUAUGGUUUGCCGUUUUCUCUUUCGGCAUCAUGGGCGCUGCUCGAGGAGUGGACGAGGGGUUAAUCAGCGGAACUUUCAACACCGCUCAUUUCCAGAAGCUUUUACAUUUCGACGAACUCGACAAGGAGGCCCUUGCCAAUGUAAAAGGAAACGUCUCCGCCAUGGUUCAAAUCGGUAGCGUUGGUGGAGCCCUUCUUGCUUUCGUUCUUGCCGAUCGCAUUGGGCGUCUCUGGGCAACCCGACAGCUCUGCGUUCUCUGGAUCCUGGGAAUCGUCAUUUUCUUGACAAACAAUGGCCGCCUUGGACAAGUCUACGCUGGGCGAUUCAUUGCUGGACUGGGAAUCGGCCAAACUACUGUUAUCGCGCCCGUUUAUAUCUCCGAAAUUGCGCCACGGGCUGUCCGAGGUCUUUGCACCUGUGUCUUCGCUGGAUCCGUAUACGUUGGUAUCAUGCUCGCAUAUUUCGCCUCGUGGGGUAGCAGCCUGCACAUCAACAAGAACAGCUACAACUCCUGGGUCGUUCCCACGUCCCUUCACCUGAUGUUUGCGGGAAUCAUCUUUGUCUUGUCAUUCUUCAACUAUGAGUCUCCCCGUUUCCUCAUCAAAAAGGGCGAGCCAGAGCAUGCCGUCACCAAUCUUGCGCGCGUGCGAGGUUUGCCCGCCGAUGAUGAAUAUGUCGUUUCGGAAAUCAAUGGCAUCAAACAUCAACUGGCCGAGGAACAGGAGGCAACCAUGGGUCAAGGUGCCUGGGGUUACGUGCGAGAAAUGUUUUGCAUGCCCAAUAAUUUCUAUCGUAUCUACCUGGGUCUGGGUACGCAACUGCUCAGUCAAUGGUCCGGAGCUCAGAGUAUUACGAUAUAUGCGCCCGACAUGUUUGCUUUGCUUGGGACCAAGGGUCAAAAUGAGAAGCUUUUUGCAACCGCUAUCUUCGGUGUCGUAAAGUUCGUUGCCGCCAUUAUGUGUGCUCUCUUCCUCGUCGACGUGAUCGGUAGGAAGCGAUCAUUGUCGAUCGGAAUCGGUCUUCAAGCACUCUCUAUGUGCUAUGUUGCAGCAUUCUUGACCGCCGUGCCCAACAUUGACGCGGACACUGUAUUCACACCAUCGCAAAAGCACGCCAGCACCGGUGCAAUCGUCAUGAUCUACCUGUCAGGUUUUGGUUGGGCAAUGGGCUGGAAUUCAAUCCAAUAUCUCUUGAAUUCUGAGAUCUAUCCUCUACGAAUCAGAGCAAUCAGCUCUUCGUUGGUCAUGUGCUUCCACUUUGUCAAUCAAUACGGCAACUCUCGCGCCGUCCCAAGCAUGCUUCUUCCCACCUCAUCAGGCGGUAUGUCGCCCAAGGGUACAUUCUGGUUCUUUACCGUGAUCACGGUGAUCGGAGGAUGUUGGGCCUGGUUCUUCAUUCCCGAAACGAGUGGCCGAAGCCUCGAAGGCAUGGAUGCCCUUUUCAGACUUCCGUGGUACAAGAUCGGCCGAUACGGACAAAAGGAUGCUGAAAGUAGUGACCACUUUGCCAGAGAACGAGUUCUGGAGGAGAAACACCCUACUACGGGAGAGCAGGUGGAAAUGCCCAAAGGGUCAAAGCCUCAGGAGAAGAGUGCUUAA